AUGGACGGCAACAAUAUUCCCCUCCCCCUUCUCGCAUUGUUCUCGCCUCUCGCCGGUGGUUUCCGCCCCCUCGGAGCUCGGAAUCAGUGGUUUUCCGGUUCGUUAUCUCGAGUUUCUUCCAGCGGUUCGCCUGAAUUCGGCGAGGUGCGAUCGAGAUUCGCCAUGGCUAGCUCCGGCGAUGGAGAGAACGGCGAGAACCGCCGGACGCGACCGGACCGCGACGAGCCCGGCGAUCCGUCGUCGAUCGACGCGUCCUCGGUGGAGUGCGGGCCGAGCUCGAGGGAUCUGACAAAUGGAAAAGAUACUUUGGUACCUGUGUUCGAUUUUCAGCACAAAAGAUGUGUCGGUUCAAAGACAAUUAAGAGUGCUUCCUCUGGUGUGGUGAUUGUCGAUGGUACUUAUGCUCUACAUGCGAGGUUGCGGUCUUUGCUAGAUAUUCGGGUUGCUGUUGUUGGUGGUGUCCAUUUUAGCCUCCUUUCAAAGGUCCAAUAUGAUAUUGGAGACUCUUGUUCACUGGAUUCUCUCAUUGACAGCAUCUUUCCAUUGUUUAGGAGACAAAUUGAGCCAGAUUUACACCAUGCACAGAUUAGAAUCAACAAUAGCUUUGUUUCAUCAUUCAGGGAAGCAAUCUACAAGAUAAAAUGCAGAAGCGAUUCUCCAGAUUCCUUUCCUGCCCAGGUUCUCCAAGGAAAUGAAGCUCAAACAGAUAACUUUAUUGAGAUGUACCUUAGACCUCCAUCAGCCGGUGAAGAAGCACGAAUAAACGAUUGGAUUAAGGUGCGUCAAUCUAGUAUUAGGUACUAUCUUUCCCUGGGUGAUCAAAGGAUUGUGGACAAGCAUUUCAUUAUCCGACCCAAAGCAGAGUUUGAGGUUGGACGGAUGACACUAGGUGGAUUGCUGGCUCUGGGUUACACAGUUGUGGUCAGUUCCAAUUUGUGGCAAAUUAACGACGAAUACGAUUCGUGGUAAAUUAACCAUGAAUUU